AUGGCCGAUCCUAUCGCCGAUGCGCCUGUCAUAGACGAGUUCGCGCAAACUCGUGGCGGGGAUGAUCUGUUCGAUGACGAAAUCAUCCCAGUCUCCGCGGACGAACAAGUACAAGCUGAGGUCCAGACGCCGGAGGAGAACGUUGCAGACACCGAGAGCCAGGAGCCACCACGGAUAGAUACCCCGCCGCGCUCACGGGGAGUGGAUAGACGAGGAGGUCGAGGGAGAGGAAGAGGGCGGGGAGGACGCGGGUCACACCAUUCAGGUCGCGGACGCGCAGAAGGAGGAUCCAGGGGCAGGUCAACUGACAAUACUGCCGAACGAGAGGACAACAAAGUGGAGGAUGCAGCCCGCGAUACGCCGGCAGAAGGAUCAGAGCAAUCCACAAAGGAGGAUGAAACUAAGUCGGAUGCUAAGGCCGCCGGUACGGCGAAUGGAACCGAAGCUCAACGAGUUCCAGCUGUCCGUGGUGAUAGGAGCGCAACGGGUGGAGUGAAGAAGCCCAAGCUCACGGAGGAAGAGCUUACCCGACGCAUCGCUGCCGCCAAGGAGAACGCCGCUAAAAAAGCUGCUGCAUAUGCCCGCGCUGAGGCCGAUCAGGCGUCAUUUCUCGAACGCGAGAAGGUUGCAGAAGAGAAGCGCCGCCAGGAACGCCAGAAUCGGCGCGCGAUGGAUACCGAACGCGAGCGCAAUCGCUUGAGAAAACUCGAAGCUUUGGGUGGAAGGGAAUGGGAUGCUACCAAGCGCGAAGAAGACUACAAUCCCCGUGGUGGUAGAGGCCAAUUCCGGCGAGGCAUGCACGGAGGGGUCUCUGGUUACGUUCGAAGAGAUUUCGAUGACGCCCGCACGGAAGAGGAGAACCUAGAGGGACGCCAUCACCACAACCACCGCGGUCGAGGACGUGGUGGAAGAGGUGGGCGCGGACGAGGAGCUUCUCGCGUUGCGCCUUUUGAUGAAGCGUCAGAUGGAGCUGCUCCAGCAGCCUCUCCAGCCGCUCCGGUCCUGAACAAUGAACAAGAGUUUCCAGCCCUUCCUGGAGGUGAUAAACCAACGGACAAGACGGUCUCCGAUCUUGCAGACAAGCUGGAGACCUCACUGUCUCCAGUGUCUGGUGCCACGUGGGCAGACCAAGUCGAGGCGCAGCGGGAUUAA